AUGAAUCCCACCGAGCUCCUGGCUCGCCUCGACGAAAUCAACACAAAGGUUCAUCGGAUACAGAUCGAGGCCGCCCUCCGGGCAGCACAAACGGUCGAGAUCAUGCAGGCUGGCCUGAUAUCAACCAAGAAAGCGAUCUCCGAGGCUAUCCAGCAAGCGGGCGAGGUAAGCGAUGCGGCCCGCGCUACAGCCGACCUGGCUAUCUCCAAGAAAAAGUUUGCCAAAGGCAUUUUGGACAUCUCGCAGGCCAUGGUCAUGAGCCCCAAGAUGGCUGCUAGUGCUAUAUCCUUUAUGGACAGCUGA